AUGUUCGAUCUCACCUCUGGUGCCUCUCCUGCCCCGCCGACUACUGCUGACAGCACUGUUCGCUCCCAAUGGGCCACACACGAUGCUGCUGCCCGUCUUGCUGUGCGUCACCACUUACCGACCACUGAGCGUGCGCACUUUAGUCAGUACAAGAGUGCUAAGACCUUGGGUGUUCCCCCUCCCCCCUCUUGCCCUCUGUUGCUUCUGCUGCUGCGGCCGACCUCGUUGGCUUCGAGUCGCUCGGAGCUGCGUCUGCCCCUAGCGGGAGACGCCGCACCGGUAGGGGCAAGGGGGGCAAGGGCGUUGGAGGGGCUGGCGGGGGCGGUGGAGUUGGUGGUGGAGGCAGUGGAGGGGGUGCGGGUGGUGGUGGGAGUGGUGGCGGGGGUGGAGGUGUUGGUGGCAGCAGUGGAGGCGGCGGCGGUGGCGGAGGGAGCGGAGGCGGCGGAGGUGGCAGAGGCGGCGGAGGUGGCGGAGGCGGCGGCGGCAGCGGUGGAGCUGGUCGCGGCUCUGCGCAGAGGAGUGGUUCCGGUGGUGGUCCGCGCCAGCAGCAGCAGCGCAGUCGUGAGACCCUGUCCCCCCAGCAGCUUCGUGAGUGGUACGCUGGGCGUCAGCGAGGUGGGGGUACUGGUCCCUGCACCUACAUCCUCCGUACCGGCGACCGCGCUGGUGAGCAGUGCGGGGGCCCGCACUCCACCCAGCGCUGCUUCGGCCGCCUGA